CGGAGUGUACACGAUUAAAUUCCUUUCGAUAUCGCUACGAAAGUGAUGUUUUCGCACCCCAAAUGCUUUGGGGGGACCAUUACAUAUCUGUGACCAAAACUUUAAGUAAGAUAUGACCCCUCAGACGCCGUCCAGUUCGGGCAGUGAGGAAGCGAAGGUGCCGCCAAAAAGUGCGGAAGAACGAUUGAUGGUGGCUGUUAGAAUACGUCCUUUAAAAUCUGAUGAACCGCAAAGAACUUUAUAUGCUGCAAGUAAAAAGAGCGUGGUUAUAGAAGAUGAUACCGAUAAAAACGACGUGCUGCGACACAAACGGGGCGCCGACAAGCAGUACUCCUUUGACGUCGUUUUUUCGGAAAAUACAUCCCAAGAGGAGGUCUACGAGGUCACGACGAGCUCCCUGGUUAAGGACGUUUUAAAUGGAUACAACGCCACGGUAUUUGCGUAUGGAGCAACAGGUGCUGGCAAGACACACACAAUGGUCGGUGAUCCUUCAGCCCCUGGAAUAAUGGUUCGAGCUCUGAAUGACCUUUUUAAUGCUGUAAAGGACAAACAAGAUCAAUAUUCAGUUACCAUGUCAUACUUGGAAUUGUACAAUGAACAAAUUCGAGACCUACUAAAUCCAGCAUCCGGCUAUCUCGAGUUACGCGAAGACUCCAGAGGGCGAAACAUACAAGUUGCUGGACUAUCUGAAAUUUCAACAACUUCCACUAAUGAGGUCAUGCUCCUGCUUCAAAAGGGCAACAAAGCUCGCACAGUCGAACCGACUGCCGUAAACAAAACGUCUUCGCGAAGUCACGCACUUCUCAGCGUCACCGUUAAGCAUUCGAUACCGUUAGACAAAAAGAGCCAUUUGCGCAUGCGAAUUAAACAGGGCCGCCUAUUUAUGAUUGACUUGGCGGGAUCUGAACGCGCCAAUAAAACCAAAAGUCGGGGCAAACGUUUGCAGGAGGGCGCCCAUAUAAAUCGAUCGCUAUUGGCUUUGGGAAACUGCAUAAAUGCCCUAAGCGAAGGUGCGCGAUAUGUCAACUUUAGAGACUCAAAACUGACGAGGUUACUGAAGGAGGCGCUCAGCGGCAAUUGCAGGACGGUGAUGAUUGCGCACGUCUCCCCUAGUCUGGGGCAGAAAGAAGAAUCGCGAAAUACGCUAAUCUACGCGGACCGUGCUAAUAAUAUAUCCAAUAAGGUUGAACGUAACAUUUACGACGUUUCUUACCAUGUUACUCAAUAUCAGACGGUCAUAAAUGAGCUGAAGAAUGAAAUAAGUCGGUUACAAACGAAGAUGACGGAAGAACGGCCCAGGUCGGCGGCGCCUGUGCGAUUGAACACAAUGGAACGCAACAAAGAAGUUCGUUUGCUUCGAGAACAAAUCGUAGCUACCUUCAAAGAACAAAUGAAACUCCGAAGGAAGCUGAUGGAAAUUGAUUCACAUUUGCUUGGCCUGGGAAUGGACGCGGAGCGGCAGCAUUUGGUUAUCUCCCACUGGGAGUCCAGAAACAACAAGCUGUACAAAAAUAACAUUAACCAAUCCAGGGCGCAAACCCAGCAGUCCUUGAGACGUAAGAUGAAAAACGAAGGAUUCCGUUCAGCGGAUAACGUCGGGCAUGAAACGGCAGACGAAGGAUCGGAUGGUGAAAUUGAGGGCGAAUCCGCCGUUCAGCAAGCUUGGGGAGAACUGGCCGACAUUGAAAGGGAACAGGAACGCUGGUCGGAACUCAGGACGCUCAUCGAGCAGAAAUUGGAAGACUGUCGUCAGAGGGGCGUUGCACUUGAAGACAAACUCCCCGACGUUUUAUCCUCUGACGACGAGAGAGAAAUAUUGGCACUAAUGUGUCGAGUUCAUGAGUUAGAAGCCGACAAAAUGGCCUUGCAAUCUGAACGCUUGGUGCGCCAGCACGAAUUACGCAGACGAGAUUUGGUCAUUCUGCGUUAUGAUCGCCAAAGACAACUGUGUGAAGAAAUUAUAACCAGGCAACGGCAACUUAUGGAAGAAAAUAAGCUAAAGCUCCCCUAUGAUUUACAAGAGCUUUACCAAAUUUACCAGCAAGAAAUACACGCGGCAACAUACGCGGAUUACAGCGUUUCUCCUAUCGUCAGUCCCGACAAACUUCCUCCGAUAAGUAAAAUAUACAGCGACCCUAUCUUUAGGAAAAGUGUUUCAACUGCCGACUUAUCCGGUGCGGAUGGCACGCCUCCUUCUUCGGCAGAUUCUGAUGAUUUAAUCGCGGGCAAUUCAAAUCUCGGUAACGUUGAUAAUUUCAUGGGUCAUCCAGUUUCGCGACCCGGUCUUAGCAUGAGACUACCGCCGCUACAACCACCGAGUCCGGGUCUCGCACCAAGAUCCACAGAAAAUACGGAUCAAAAUCUACGAAGAGCAAUCAGCCAAGACAGUAUUGCAACGAAUAAAAAUUAAUUUAUUAAUAUUUAGAGCAUCUUUUUUAUAAGUUUUAACUGUACCCAACUUUGUGUGCAUUUACAAGUUUAUGCAUGCAAUGAGAUUACCAAUUAGGUGUCUUCAACUUAAUAUAGAAAA